GUUGCGUCGCCACAGAACGCCACGGCUGUUGCUUGGUUUGCUGCGAGGGGAAGACGGCUUCUUCUUCUUCUCAGUAUUUACAGGAGUUAAUCCCCAAAAAUAGUUAACUUUUUAGCGUAAACACUAACGUCUCUUCGCGUAGCAACUCCCGGGACAAUGAAUGGGAAGUCAACGAACGGUUCGCUGGGGGGAAUGGCCUGCAUCGAGGGUCUGCCCCCCCUGCCGAAGAGCCUGAGCGGCUUGCUGAACUCGAGCGGCGGCUCCUGGAGGGACAUGGAGAGGAUGUACGUGAAGAAGACCAUGAUCCAGGACGACCUGAGCCGGGGUCGGAACAACACCGACAACCUGCUGGCCAACAAGCCGGCCAACCUCGACGCUGCUCUGGCUCUCCUGCGGAAAGAAAUGGUGGGGUUGCGUCAGCAGGACAUGUCCCUGCUGUGCCAGCUGUGGUCGCUCCACGAGUCGAUCCAGGAGUACAAGGGCAGCUGCCAGGACCUGAGCGCCGCCUCCAGCCUCGGCAUGAUGGACAACGGCUUCUUCGACGAGGACGACGAGUACUACCCGGAGUCUGGCGCCACCCCCACCGGGGAGCAGCCGGACGGAGAGGGUGGAGACGGGAUGGCAACGAUGGCAGGGGACAAGAACGGGAGCAUCAGCGGCAAAGACGACAGCUGGGACUCCUUUCACGUCACCAUCUGAGGGCUCGUUCUCACCUUGUUUCUGCGGAUGGAUACAUGUUUUAGGGGUGAAAGACUUGAGUUGCUCAGGAAGCCUUCUGGCCUCCAAGGAGGAGCUGGUUGAUUAGGGGUAGCGGUUUGUGGUAUGGAGUUACCGUAAUAGACUUCAGUUUAACUUCAGCUCCUCCUCAGAUGAAACACACCCCCUUUUUUUGUGUGUGACCGUGACCAGGAGCUUCAGAGCUGAGAGGCCGGGUGUUUUGACAAGCAGCUUGCUGACACACUCUCAAAAUCAGGAGUUGAGACAAGACUCCUUACACUCAAAAUAUAGGCAAUAUACAAAUUAGUUCUUUUUAUGAACAGCUCUGCUGCUGCUUCUAUAUGAAGUGGUUUUGCUGGCCAGUCACCCCUUUUUUUGGCAGAACCUUUUUACAUACAAAAGAUAUGAACAGUGUUGUAUUUAUUAUAUAAUAUAAAUAACAAAAUAUAUGCUUUCCUUGUUACUCUCUACUGACGUUUUGUACUGCAACGCUACCUAAGUACGAGGGUGCAACAUUUACAGGUGGGGAAUCCCAGAAAUUGGGACUUCAAAGGUG